AUGCUGAAAUUCUCCACUGACAGCUGGGUGGAUGUCGAGCCCUUCCAGCCUUGGGAGCCCUUGCGGCGGACCUGGUGGCAAACCCAGGUGUGGUUCCGAGAGACCACGGACAGCGUGGUGUUGAACAGCCCUUGGCUUCGCCGGAGCACGGGCAGAGUGGUGUGCGUGGGUUGGAUUGGAGUCCACUUUGUGAGAUGGUGUAUUGAUUGGAGCGAGGCGAUGCACUUGCACAGGAAUGAGAAUCGGGUGAAUUUGUUUGGUUUGCGCUACAACUGGUGGGUGGCCUUUCACCUAGUGGUUUGGCCUCCAUGGUUUGCAUGGUGGUGA